GCAGCGUGGGUCCUUGUGUCUGGGAUCUUCGUUAGCUGGGUACUGAAUAGGCUGAACGGAGGGCAGGUCCUCCUAUUUGUGUCCAGGAGGCUUAGAGGGACUGAGGGCUGAACUAUGAAGCCACACUAGUGGGUUAGCAGACUGAAGUCCUCAAGAUGAGUGAGGAGGAGUUUCCAGCCUCCAGCUGUCUAUGAAGAGCGACCGAUCCAACGAUCAUCCUCCAGACUUCAGUAAAGAACCUAAACCCUCAGAGACAAAAAGACGGAGAGUAGAGUCUGCAGCCUCCAGCUGUCUGUCUAUGAAGAGCGACCGAUCCAACGAUCAUCCUCCAGACUUCAGUAAAGAACCUAAACCCUCAGAGACAAAUGUGGACAGGAAUCAGCUGCUGAGGUUCAUCCACUGCUGUGCUGCCUCUGACGUCCAGCAGGAGGCAGCAUCCGGCCUGCUGAGGACUCUGCAGCACCGCUUGGAUCUGUCCUGCCAGUCCUUUGUGGAUCUACAAGAGGAGGAUCAGACCGAGCCUCUGAGUCUGACUGCUGAUGACUGCAGGGCUGCAUCCAUCAUCCUGAAACACUGCAGCCGGGACACUCAGCUCCACCUGCAGGACUGUGAGGUGGAGGACGGAGGACUGGACCUGCUGUUUCCUGUCCUGGACAGGGUCCGUCUCAGAGUCAGUAAAAGUGUCCUCCUCCAGCUGCUGUCCCUGAUUCCUGUCCACUCUGAGAGGGACACAGUGAGACGGGCCGAGUCCCUGUGUGGAGCUCUGGGUGGAGAGCUGGACCUCAGUCACACCACACUGGACCAGAGGGUCUGUGGAGGUCUGGUCCAGAUGCUGGACUCCUGUGAAGGACUGACUGAGCUGGACCUCAGUCACUGUCAGCUCAGAGACCAGCUGCUGCUGGUCCUCAUCACACAUCUGCACAAAGUCCAGGUCCUGGAUCUGAGCCACAAUAAGAUCACAGAUGCUUCCACAGAUGUGCUCCUCCAGCUGAUCUCCAUCCACUCCUCCAUCCACACUGUGAGACUCUUCAGCAACGACAUCGUGGACAGAAGACCCUUUAAGAAGCACAAGCAGUUUGAAAUCUGGUGAAGCAGUCAGGAGGUCAUGUGAUCAUCAGGGAGGAACUGUUGGAUGUUGUCAUUAAAAAGCCUUUUCUCCUCAUGAUCAGAUGAAAACAUGGAGUUCAUUCUGGUCAUCAGUAGUGUGUGAUGGAGAGACUUUAGUUGAAACAAGCUUUGAUUUUUACCUCAUUAGAUUCUCUUUGCUUUUUACAAUCAAUCAGACGACACUUUAUCUGGAGGCAAAGAGCAGCCAGCAGUGUUUUCUAAAACUUCACCACCUAUGUUUGACAUUAUUAGUUAGUGGAGCUCAUAUUUCUGUUUGCUACCAUGUAAUGAUCGUCUUAAAAUUAUUUUUUUAUUGUGACAAAACAGAGACUAUAACUGUCAGUGUUGUGAAUAGGCUGAAGUGAUAUUUUUCUACUGCUGUGAUAACUGUAUUUAUUCUUGUUUGCAUGUUCCAGUGGAGGGAGAGUAAAAUGACUCUCUGAUAGCACCUCAGAGGAAUGAAGCAAGAAGAGUUCAUUCAGGACUAAACUGUUUGGUACAUUCCUAGAACUGGAAGAAACCAUCAGAAAACUGGAAACAUGUUGAGGAUUUUUCACUCACAUUUGAAAUAAAGUCAUCCAAGAGAUGA